AUGACGAGCUCUCCCAGCAAGAAUGCUCCUCAUCUACCUCCUUCCUCUGCAGGUCCACACCUCGGUUCACCUAGAAGCCUGGGCCGACUUCGACAGCAAAAAUCCGCUCAUCAAUUGUCAUCCAAUUACUCUGCACUCAACGGUCCUUCUCUGAUAUCCCAACAACGGCAGCAGCAGCGAAUUACAGGCAUAACUCAAAAUACUCCAAUACCACCUCCACCUGUCCCCGCCAUACCUUCGCCGCAGAAGCACAUCCGAGCACGCUCCAACAGCGAUGCGGUGGUCCCACAUCCAGUAAAUGUUGGACCGUCGCUGAAGCGAAUCCAAGUGCCAAAGAAGCCUGUAGACCCCAAAGACGAAUUGAGGUCUCUCAUACGACAUGGACCAAGAGGUGAUAUGCCGGAUGCACUACAGAGUCUUCGACACUGGAUCUUGGUUGACGGUUUAGAGGCGGACAAUGAUGGCAUGUCUGAUCUCCGCAUCUAUGUCUGGCUGAUCCUCCUAAACUCUCCACCACUUCCAACAGACAUCUACCUCAAUCUAAUACGCCGUGGCCCUUCCCCAGCAUACGCUAAAAUACGCAAUGAUACGCAUCGCACUCUGAUGACAAACGUGCUGUUUCAGCGACGAGUCCGGGAGAACUCCAUUAUCCGCCUUCUCAAUGCAGUGGCUUGGAAAUUGUACGAUGCUAAGUCAGAUCGAUUGACGGAUUCGGGCAGAAUCACCAAUGCCUCCAACGACCUUGGCAGCCCAGAAUUACAACAUGCUUCGCCAGCUAUAAAGCACGCAAAAGGAGCCUCGACAGCAACGAAUGAAGGCUCCGAGGCAGGUGGCUCUGAACCGGGAAUCUAUGUUCAAGGCAUGAACGUGCUUUGCGCUCCGUUUUUAUACACGUGCCGAACUGAACCGCAAGCUUUCAUUGCUUUCUAUCAUUUCAUCACCCGAGAGUGUCCCGGCUACAUUCGUGGUGCUAUGGAUGGUGUUCACAAAGGGGUCGCCUUGGUGGAGAGAUGCCUUACCGUUGCCGAUUCAAGACUAUCAGCUUAUUUGACAUCUAAGGGAGUGAGCGCGCAGAUCUACGCCUUCGCAUCAGUUCUAACCAUGUCUGCAUGCACGCCGCCGUUACCUGAGGUUCUUCUACUCUGGGACUUUCUCUUCGCUUACGGUUCGCAUUUGAAUAUCCUGUGCAUCUGUUCUCAACUCAUGAUGAUGAGGGAGGAACUUCUUGCGGAUCCCAGUCCCGGCAAGCUGCUCAGAUCUUUCCCACCACUGCAGGCCAAAGAGAUCAUUGCGUUGACUGUCAACCUCGUCCGCAAGAUUCCCUCCGACCUCUACGAAGAGCUUGUACACCAUGCAGAAUGA